AUGGAAUCUAUUCUAUCUGCAAAUGAAGUCGGCGAAGGACUUCCUGUUUUGAUCAUUCACGGAUGGGAAAUGCAGGGAAAGGUCGAGGAGCUAGACUUUGAGCCAAUUUUCAGCAAAACGCCAGGACUUCGCCGGAUAUACGUGGACCUCCCAGGUAUGGGCACAACACCUGCGAAUAAUGUUAAAGAUCUGGACGAAAUUUAUCUUCGCCUGGUGCAAUUUAUUGACUCUCAACUUGGAAAGUCGAGGUUUUUGGUUGUCGGCUCAUCAUGCGGCGGCUACCUCGCACGUGCGAUAGCUCACAAAUAUACUGAGCAAGUCGAUGGUUUAUUGCUACGUGUACCACUUAUUGAGCCAAAUGACAGCAAGCGCGAUCUCGAUGCUUUCACACCUUUGGUUGCAAAUGAGCAACUCAUGGCGACCACGUCAGCCGAAGAUAAAUCACUUCUUGGAGACGUUCUCAUCCAAACGCCUGCCUACAUUGGAAGUUUAAAGGCAAAAUUUGAGGACGUCUGGGUUCCAGCAGAGAAGGCAGCAGACAAAAAAGUGUUGGAUCCAAUCCGAGCAGAUCCAAAUCGAUAUCAGCUAUCCUUUUCGUUGGACAAUGAAGGUGCUAGAUUCUUUGCUCCCACACUUGUUGUGUGUGGUCGACAAGAUACCGUCGUGGGCUACCGAGACAGCCUUCGAUUGCUGGAGCUCUACCCCCGAUCCACGUUCGCUGUUCUGGAUCGUGGCACGCAUGGGCUUCCGAUUGAUGAGACUGGUGUUUUCGAAGCUCUCAUUCGUGAUUGGAUAACCCGAGUUGAUGAAUGGAGAGGUCGUACGGAUAGAUGA